GAAGACAGGUUGCGGUGCGGCGAAGUUUGGCAGUUUUGUGCUGCGCUUGCUAAAAAAGAAUUAUACGUACAUAUAUACUAUUUUAUAUUUACGAAAAAAUGGAAUUGUCAAAGAAAUUGCAAGCGAGCGGAUGGCAUUUGACGGACGAGGGCAUCAAGGCAUUGACAAGCGCCGUCGGUGACGACCCCGACCCACGCAAAAUCAUUGAUGAAGCUUUAAAUCGCGAUCUGCGCGACAUUGGUGGCGGUGCGUUGCCGACGAAGCGAGAGGAUGCCAGUGGGACGCUUGCUGGUCGCAUUGUGCUGCAGGUGCAAAGAGUGCGUAACAUUUCCGCACCCAAGGCCAAUGAAGAGUCAAAGGCGGCGCCUCGUCUCCUCCAGUUGGAGCUGAGCGAUGGUGUAUCAACGUUGCAGGCACUGGAAUUGGAGCCGGUGCCGUCACUCAGCCUGAAUGUGGCCCCGGGCACAAAGAUUUACUUCAAGGCCGAGCAACUGCAGCUAAUCCAAGGCUUUCUGCUGCUGCGUUCCAAUGAUUUCCAGUUACUAGGCGGUCGUGUGGACGCACUGUACGAAAAAUGGGACUUUGCACGCACCAUGCUCAAAUAUGCACGCAGUGGACGACCAGCAACCGGUUCGAAUGCACCACCGCCAUGGGUUGCUUUCGGCAAGAGCAUCGAUGAUGCGGCCGAUAAGAAUUUUAAAAGUCUCGCGCCCGGCUCUGAUAAGGACAAGCCAAGCAAGGAGAAUGACGAAUUCAACACGAUGCGAACAGAGGCGAUUGCAGUGGCUAACAAGGCGGCUGUUAAGAAAGUUUUCGGUGGCGGCGGUCAAAAUAUUAUAGAUCACAACAUUAAGAAGAUACUCGAGAAGGGCUACAGCAAGGAGGAGGCAAAGACUGCACUCCAGGCAACACGUAACAAUUUAGAGCGAGCUCUCUUCACUCUGAAGAGGCGCAAGGACAUGGCCGACGGCUACAGUGAGAGCCAUGUGCGUGGCGGACGAGGGGAACGACCGGGUAAGGAAGGUAAGCGCGGCGCCAGUCUCAAAGAUGAGGCCGAGGCAGCCAAACCGGCUGCAAAUGCAACGCUAUUUGAUUUCCUGACCACAAAGCUACGCUCAACGGACGCAACAACUACCGAAACAUUGGGCGAAUCAGCAGCAAAAACAACAUCAACAACUGCCGACAAACCGAUAGUCAAGCAAUACGAAAAAGAUAGUAAAAUGUCCGCUGUCAAUUUCACCGAAAGCAAAUCCCAAAGUUUGGGUGAACGUUCUCGAUUUGAGAACAAUGUUUCCAGCAGCUUUGCUGCGAAUCGUGGCGGACAUUCGGGUCGAUUUCAACGUGGUGGUGGCGGUGGUGGGUCACGUGGUCGAUCCGGUCGCGAUGAGCGUCCCUCUCGUGGUGGGGGCAACAGUUACAAUGAACGGUCUGGUGGUGGUGGUGGUUACACUUACCAUGAACGGGGUGGUGGCCAUGGAGGUAGUGGUGGUCAUGGCGGUAGUGGUGGUGGUGGUGGCAGCAUGCGCAAGCAGGACAUUAAUCCACGUGCAGCGGAGCAAACGCACGGCAAGAGCACAAACCGCAAUGGCCACGAUACUCCAGCUUCCAAUAAGCCUGCUUCUGUCUCCGAGGCAAAGCAAGAGAAUUUUGCCAGCAAAGAGCAGGCCAACAAUCGACGAAGCCACGAACGCCAAACAAAUCGCAAUGCAAAUGCUCGAGUCGAAAAUGGAGCUGUCGGCAACAGCAACAACUACAACAACAACAAUAAUAAUAAUCGACGUCGUCAGCAACAAGCAAGUGGUGCUACACCAUCUGGUGGUGGUGCGGCUGUUGCUGUCCCACCUGGCAAGUCCACAACCAAUACGGAUGACUUCAAUAAUCGCUUGAACAAAGUCGUCACCGAAACCAGCAAUUUAAAGGUGAGCGCACCUAAACGUGAACGUGAAAAUAGACGUGGCGGCAGGCAGAGCUCCGGCCAAUCCACUCGGCAGCCAGUUGAAUCCCCGGCAACAACAACAACUACUACGACGGUGUCAAUACAAAAGUCAACGGAGAAACCUCUGCCAGCAGCAGGAGCAGCGGCCACACAGCGACCGCAAAAAUCCCAAUCGGGCAACGCUCGACAGCAAUCGAAUCCGAAUUGCACUCAGUUGCCAAACGGAUACACCUAUGAUCCGAGCAAAAUCAUGGGAUUCCAGAGCAAGGAGACCAAUGAGUUCGCAAUGAGUUUGCUUAAGAGCCAGGGCUUGGCUGUGGCGUCAACAGCCAAUCAUCCACCUGUCCACGCCCCGGCCCAGGCACCGGCAACUAUUAAACCCACAAGGAACAUGCAUUCUGCAGCACCACCAGUUGCUCUUUCCCAUGUGGUAUCCAAGCCGCAGCCAGCUGAAUUACAACCACCGCCGCAGGAUUUUGGCCAGAUGCCCGGCGAUGCUUGGAUGUGGAAGAGUGGGGAUUUAUGCAUGGCCAAGUAUUGGGAUGAUGGACGGUAUUAUGAAGCUGAAAUAACGGCAGUCUCGGAAAAUACUUGCGUGGUGUUCUUCCUCGGCUAUGGUAAUCACGAAGAAGUAUUAAAAUCGGACAUAUUGCCGAUAACCGACGCCCAAAACAGACCACUGACCAACAUGUCCCAGCAGCAGCAUCCACAGUAUCCACAACAACAUCCCCAGUCUCGCUAUCGUAGCGAUCGCCAGGCUCAUCAUCAGCAUCAGGUUUAUGUGCCACCACACAAGCGGGAAUAGAAAAAAAAACGAUGCAUAUGUAAAGGGAACGUAUAUAUGUAUGCCAGCCGAGCCGACCGAAUUGAAAUUAAAUUAAAUGUGUCGAAUAAAUAUAAUUAUAAACACUUUUUUACAUUUACAUUCGUGUGUGAACAAUGGACAUACAUUUGUAUUUUCAAGCUAGAACAGUAUUGAAUUAAAAGCUUAACCACUAAGCAAAUAAUAUUUA